UCUUCCGUGUACUGAUCAGUGCUUUACUUGAAGAAGCUUCCAAAGCCCUCUGCUCAGAUCUUGAGCUCUCCGCUUUCAGAGCCUCAGAAAGAUCCGAGCCGGCUUUUCUUUCGACUCAGCUGUCUCGUCGUCAGAACUCGCUGUCGGAAAGUUGCUGUCUUGUGUUGGAUUGAAACCAAUUGAAACUUGCCCAGCUGUUGGCGAAUAACCAGUGGAAAGAGUUUCUUCUUCCUCUGCCGAUUUUUGAGAAGUGAAUACAAUUGACACAAGGCAAUAUAAUAUAGUUUGAGAAAUGGAAGAAGAUAGCAAAAUACUGGAGCUUAAGUCAUUGAGGAUAGGCGGUAGUUUUAAGUCCACAUUGUCGGGAAGAUCGACUCCAAGGAACUCUCCGUCCUUUCGAAGAUCGCAGUCUAGCAGAACCCCUCGAAGAGAAGGUAGGGGUAGUGCAAGAGGUUUACAGUGGUUUCGCAGUAAUCGGUUACUGUUUUGGUUGUUAUUGAUUACUCUUUGGGCGUAUCUUGGAUUUUUUGUUCAGUCUAGGUGGGCUCAUGACAAUGACAAUGAUAACGUCAUGGGCUUCGGGAAAAAACCAAAGAAUUGGAACUCAGAAACCGAACAGAAUCUACGGCGGGAUUUGAUUGCCACUGACAUUUCUUUGGCAGUUAAGAAUGGGACAGGUAAAAAUCAGGUUAGUGAUGGUAAGAGGAUGGAUGUGGUUUUGGCCGGACGAAAUGAUGGAAUUUCAUCUCAUCGAAAGUUAAAUUCAAAGAAAAAGAAAACUAAAAGAGCAAACCGUAGUUUACGUAGUAAAGUGCAUGGUAAACAGAAGAUGACAAUGGAGGUUAAAAACGUUGAAAUAGAGGAGCAGGAACCGGAUAUUCCCAAGACAAAUGCUUCUUAUGGAAUGCUGGUUGGACCAUUUGGUUCUUUAGAAGAUAGAAUCUUGGAAUGGAGUCCAGAGAAGCGUUCUGGAACUUGCGAUAGGAAGGGGGACUUUGCACGCAUUGUCUGGUCUCGAAGAUUUGUGUUAAUAUUCCAUGAACUUUCGAUGACUGGGUCUCCUCUUUCAAUGAUGGAGUUGGCAACAGAGCUUUUGAGCUGUGGUGCAACUGUUUCUGCUGUAGCUCUUAGCAAGAAGGGUGGGUUAAUGUCAGAGCUUGCUCGGAGAAGAAUCAAGGUGCUCGAGGACAAAGCAGAUCUCAGUUUCAAAACUGCUAUGAAGGCUGACCUGGUGAUUGCUGGAUCAGCCGUCUGUGCAUCAUGGAUCGAUCAAUUUAUCGAACAUUUUCCUGCUGGUGCGAGUCAAGUUGCUUGGUGGAUUAUGGAAAACCGGCGAGAAUACUUUGAUCGGGCAAAGGUUGUUCUUAAUCGAGUGAAAAUGCUGGUUUUUAUCUCAGAGUUACAGUGGAAACAAUGGCUAGCUUGGGCUGAAGAAGAAAAGAUUUAUCUUAGAUCUCAACCUGUACUCGUCCCGUUGUCCAUUAAUGAUGAAAUGGCUUUUGUAGCGGGCAUUGCUUGUACGCUUAAUACUCCAUCUUUCACUACAGAGAAGAUGAUAGAGAAAAGGCAGUUGUUGAGAGAUUCAGCCAGAAAGGAGAUGGGCUUGAAAGAUAAUGAUAUGCUUGUGAUGUCGCUGAGUAGUAUAAACCCUGGAAAGGGCCAGCACUUGCUUCUUGGAUCGGGACGCUUGAUGAUUGAGAAAGAAGCUUUUGAAGAAAAAUCUAAUAUAAAAAAUCCCGUGGAUAUAAAGCAUCACCAGUCUAAGUCGACUAGAAAGCAUCGCCUGAAAACUGUAUUUCAAAAGUUGAAUGGUUCUAUGGCCUUUGGUGGUACUCAUAGGAAGGAGAUGUUAGAUAGUGGGGGAAUGCGUGAGCGGUCUGUUAAAAUUCUCAUUGGCUCAGUUGGAUCUAAGAGCAAUAAGGUGGUUUACGUCAAAGAACUCCUAAACUAUUUAUCUCAACACCCGAACACGUCAAAGUCAGUGUUGUGGACUCCAGCGAGUACACGCGUAGCUGCACUUUACGCCGCCGCAGAUGUCUAUGUCAUCAACUCCCAGGGACUGGGAGAAACGUUUGGGAGGGUGACGAUUGAAGCCAUGGCAUUCAGUCUACCGGUACUUGGAACAGAUGCUGGGGGCACAAAGGAGAUUGUUGAGCACAAUGUGACGGGUCUUCUUCAUCCCACUGGUAGUCCAGGAGCUCCUGUUCUCGCCGGAAAUCUCGAGUUUUUGCUUAAAAAUCCUGUGACAAGGAAGGAAAUGGGGAUGAAAGGAAGAGAGAAGGUGGAGAGGAUGUACUUAAAGAGGCACUUGUAUAAGAAGUUUGUAGACGUUCUCGUCAAGUGCAUGAGACCUAAAUGAUACGUACAUUUCCACCGUGCCAUUUUCAAUUCUUUCAUUGCUUCGGAAUCUCAGGGUGCUGUGAAUAUCGAAAACCAAUUUGCUCCUCAAUUUGAUAAUGAUGAUUGAUAACUGUGUUUAAUUUUCUUUAGGAAAUGAAAUCACUUUUUUUCCUUU